AUGCUCAGAGAUGAAAACAAUGAAGAUGAUGUGAUCUCUGCUACAUCUGAUAGGGAUAAUGUUGAAAAGAGUAUUGCUGAAAUUGCACAGGAUAUUGAAAAUGAAGCUUUUCAAGGUGGAUCGGAUGGUGAAGCUGAUGGUGAAAAGACAGAGAGUGAAGAGUUAAAUGUUUUUAAUAUUAAAAAUUAUUCUGUCUUGAAUGAUCUGAGAGCAAGAGCUGAGAAAAGGGCUACGAGAAAGAAGAAACCUCCUAAAGAUAGUGAUGAUGAGCCCUAUGAACCUGAUUUGGAUGAGAGUGUACCAGUCAAGAAAGCUACAAAGAGACAAAAGAAGAAGGCAAGAAAAGUAACUGAAGAGCCUGUGAUCAAAACAACAAGUACUGGAGCUGAACCCGUCGUUACUGAACAGAGUGCACCAAUUGUUGAAGUAGAAAAUGUGAUUCCGAUCUUAACUCCUACUACUUCUCAGCAAACACCAACAACACCAAUUCAACCAAUCUCACCACAACCUCAACCACAAUCUCAAACACGUCAACAAUCUCAACAAACAGGUCCAUCGUCUACUACUGCAAACAGAGAUAGAGACUAUAUUUUUGAUGAUCAACCAUUUCCAAAUUUUGAAAAUAUAGAUAAUGAUUUCUUUAACGAUGAGAAAAAAAGGUUUCUAAGAAGUGAGAUAAAACACAUCGAAGCAGUGAUAGAAAGUCUAGUGAUGGAGAAUGAAAGGUUAUUGAAGGUAACUAAAGAUUCGAAAGAGGAUAGAAAGCUGAAAGAUAAGAAGCUGGAAAUGCUUUACAAGGUAUUAGAGAAAAGAUUGGGGAUAAAUGUUGAAGCUGAAUUUAAUAAGAUUGAGAUUGAGGAAGCUGAGAUCAGAAAUGCUGAACGAGCAAGAAAAGCUGCAUCAGAACCAGGGAUUAUUAAUAAGGAGACUGAACAGAUUGAUAUCACAAAGUUUAUUCUUUUAUCGAGUGUUCAAGUACCAGAACUAGAACUGGAGAAGGAGAAAGAGGAUGAUGAGAAAGAAUAUGAUGAGGAAUUAGAUAUUGAGGGCUCAGAUCAUGGUGAUGAUGAUGAUAAGGGUGACGAUGACGAUAAUAAUCAAGGUGGUAUUGAGUUGGUGGUUUAUGAGCCAAGAACUUCAAAGUCUGAUGCUCAAAAUGAUUAUAUGAACGAUAAUCAUAAUGAAGAGGAAGUUGAAGGAGAGGGGGUGCAUGAUGAUACUUUGCAUGAUGAAGAAACUUCAGGAAUCUUUACAGACAUUGUGUUGGAAAUUUAG